UAAGAAGUGAGAGAAAAAGAUAGUUUGAUAGAAGAAGAAGCGAAUAACAGUAAAGGGAGAAGAGAACGAAAAAGACUGAUGGGGUCACCAACUACGUAAUUUUACCCAGCAGGCCAAAGAUCGUGGGUCUUCAAAAUUUAGGCCGAAUAUCAUUUGCAUCCCUCAAAGUAAGGCAUCCGGACAAAAAGCCCAUGGAUUAGCAUUGGGUAAAAUGAGAUUUUCUUCAAACCCACCUAGUCUGUAUUUCCCUUUUAUCUGAAAGAACGGAUAACUGGGUACCUCCCUUUGAAUUUUGGUAAGCCGCUAGAUAAUAGAGUGCCCGGUGUUUCUUUAAGCAAACCACCUCGUCCAAACUCCGAACGGGUCACGCCGGCGGCAGGUUUUUAUUUGGCUGUGUUUUUUUAAACUGUUGAUGCUGGAAGAAUAUUAGGGACUACAAGAAUGGCAUUUGUAGGAUUGAGAUGCAUUCGAACUCUACCAUUGUUGUUUCACCCUGCUGCUUUGUUUUCAAGAAGGAAGAAAGUUUUGUAUUUCUCUGUGAAAGCCUCACAGUCCCAAACAGCUACUCAAGAAAAGCAAAGACCUAUGGCCAUUUCACCACAUUUUGAUAAACAGAUUAUUGAUAAAAUAUCUAAGGAUUAUGAAGCAGUUAUUGGUAUUGAAACCCAUGUCCAGCUCUCCACUCUCACCAAAGCCUUCUGUAGCUGCCCUUACAAUUAUGGUUCUUCACCAAACACUAAUAUCUGCCCUAUUUGCAUGGGGCUUCCUGGUGCCUUACCUGUUUUGAACUCAAAAGUGAUUGAGUCUGCAGUGAAGUUGGGCCUUGCACUAAACUGCAGUUUAUCUUUCAACUCAAAAUUUGAUAGGAAACAAUACUUUUACCCUGACCUUCCUAAGGGAUAUCAAAUAUCUCAGUUUGAUGUCCCAAUUGCAAGUGGUGGUUACAUUGAUCUCGAUCUUCCUAUUGAGUAUGGUGGGGGGCAUAGGCGAUUCGGUAUCACCAGGGUUCACAUGGAAGAGGAUGCCGGGAAGCUGCUUCACUCUGAAAGUGGAAGCUACUCUCAGGUUGACUUGAACAGAGCCGGAGUGCCAUUGCUUGAGAUUGUUUCUGAACCUGACAUGAGAACUGGGAUUGAAGCUGCAGAGUAUGCUGCAGAAUUACAGAGGUUGGUUAGAUAUUUGGGUGUAAGUAAUGGAAACAUGCAAGAAGGUUCUCUACGGUGUGAUGUGAAUGUCUCUGUCCGUCCUAUUGGGCAGUCACAAUUUGGAACAAAGGUGGAGAUAAAAAACUUGAACUCAUUUUCAUCGGUGAGCAGAGCAAUUGAUUUUGAAAUUUCAAGACAAGUGCUUCUCCAUAGUCAAGGCCAAAGUGAUCAAAUUGUACAGGAAACCAGACUCUGGGAAGAAGGCGCCCAGAAAACAAUUACAAUGAGGAAAAAGGAAGGACUUUCUGAUUAUCGAUAUUUUCCAGAGCCUGAUCUCCCAGAAGUCAUCCUAACAAAAGAAUAUGUUGAAAAUAUUCAUGAUUCUUUGCCCGAACUUCCAGAAAUGAAGCGUAGAAGAUAUGAGAGUAUGGGCCUGAGCAUGCAGGAUGUACUUUUCCUGGCAAAUGACAUCAGUGUGGCUGAGUUUUUUGAUGCAACUAUUGCAAGAGGGGCCGAAGUGAAGCUGGCUGCUAAUUGGAUAAUGGGUGAUAUUGCUGCGUACAUGAAAAAUGAGAAGUUGACUAUAAACGACAUAAAGCUCACUCCUCAAGAGCUUGCUGAAUUGAUCGCUUCAAUAAAAGGUGGUACUAUUAGUGGAAAGAUUGGGAAAGAGAUUCUUUUUGAGUUGCUAGCUAAAGGUGGAACUGUGAAGGGGCUGAUUAAAGAUAAGGAUUUGGUUCAGAUUGCAGAUCCUGCUGAGAUAGAAAAAAUGGUGGAAAAAGUAUUGGCAGAGAAUCCGAAGCAGCUUGAGCAAUAUCGUGGGGGCAAAACCAAGUUGCAAGGCUUUUUUGCAGGCCAGGUAAUGAAAGCAUCCAAAGGUAAAGCAAAUCCAGGGCUUCUAAACAAGAUCCUCUUGGAGAAAUUGAAUGCGCAAAGCUGAUGAUUUUGUUCAAUGGGUACGUAUAAUUUGUUGAGAUUUGGGUUGCUUGAGACAAUGGUGACUAAAAUAUUGGAGCAGAUUUCAGUCAUGGUCUCCCCUUCAAGCUCCCCUGCACAAAAAUGAUGAGGAAUAGGUAGAGCUGCAGAAUUUCUUUAAAGUAUUAUGAUUUUUUGCUGAAAUCGUUGUAUUGCCAUUAUUUGGUGACACUUUCACCCUCUAUUUUCACUCUCAUCUACUUGGCUAAGGUAAGUUAGAGCAGGUAAAAGUAUAGUUGUAGGAGAAAAUAUAUUUUUUAUCCUUACUAUGGAAUUGGUUUCUAAUAAGUGCCUAUCGUUUGUACAAUGUGCUGAAAUGAUCUCUUCAGUCACAUGAGAGAUUGAUAUCGUUAACAUGGUCUUUCUCUCUUUAUCAAUCUUUUAAUGAAUACCAAUAUUAUUUUGUAAAAAAAA